AUGCUAGAUGGGGAUAUGCCCAGAGCUCUGGAAUUAGGGCAACUCUUGGUUCACCCAAGAGCUAACAUUGACAUUAUGAUAUAUGCAUGCAUGGCAACUCUUGGGAAUUUUCACAGCGAAUAUUUUGUAGCCACCAAAUCCAAAGAUUUAUCCGAAUCGAUCGAAGGCUCGAUCAGAUUCAAUUUCCCCCCACCUGAAAUGAAGGAUGACUGCGUCAGAUUCGGACAGCAAUAUUUUCAGGCAAGAGGGAUCCGUGAAUCCCCACCCCACAUGACGUCUACUACAUCUAACAGCUAA